AUGGACACUCUCCUGAAACCUGCUCGUCUCGACUUAGACCCAAAUUCUCCCACCGCUGCAAAAGAAUGGAAACACUGGCAUCAGACAUUCACAAAUUUCAUCGACGAAUGUGGUGAUCAUGCUCCUAACAAGUACAGAACUCUGAUCAAUUACGUGAGUCAUAAUGUUUAUAAAUACAUUGAAGACUGCAAUGAUUAUGAUACUGCUAUUACAACACUGACGAAUUUGUAUAUUAAGCCACUAAAUGAAAUAUUCGCUCGCCAUUUGCUUGCAACCAGACGACAACAGUCUGGUGAAACCCUGAGUGAAUUCCUACAAGAAUUAAGAAAGCUCAGUAGGGAUUGUAAUCUCAAACCUGUCAAUGCAGAGCAAUAUCGUGAAGAACUAAUUCGAGAUGCUUUUAUUAACGGGAUUUCCUCUCCACUAAUUCGUCAACGACUUCUGGAAAACAAGCAACUAGAUCUUAGUACAGCUUUUGAUCAAGCAAAUGCUCUAGACCUGGCACAGAAAAAUUCCGAAGCAUAUACGUCAUCAGGGAUAUGUUCAGCUGCAAGUAUCGACACUUCUUCGACCGAUGAAGUACCCGUUCCAUGUGAACAUCCUCUAGCUACAACAUAUCCAACAGGAAAGAAAUGCUUUUUCUGUGGAGGAGCCACUCAUAAUAGGAGGGCAUGCCCAGCUCGGGAUGUGUGUUGUAAUAAAUGUGGCAUUAAAGGUCAUUUCGCAAAAGUAUGUCAGUCCAGAUCUAACAAAAGUAAUAACAGUACUUCAGCUGCAAUAUUUUCACCAACAAUCUGUUCAAUUACUGCCGCUUGUCCCCAGAGUCUGUCUCAAGCUUCUUUGUGUGUUUCUAUCUGUGGACAUAAUCUAACAGCUCUAAUUGACUCUAGCAGCUCAGAUAGUUUCAUAAGUGAACACGUCGCCAAAAACCUGAAGCUUAAAAUCUCUCCUUCAUCUCAAGAUAUAUCUAUGGCCAUGACGACUCUAAAGACCCAUGUUCUUGGGCACUGUUUGGUGGACUUAAACAUAAAUGGUCAUGUUUAUACAUCCACUCGACUGGGUGUUCUUAAGAAUCUUUGCAGUGACCUCAUUCUUGGACAAGAUUUCCAGAAGCAACACAAGUGUGUUAUCAUUGAAUUUGAUGGCAGUAAUCCUGAUUUGGUAAUCCCUAGGACAAAAUCAGUAUCGGCACUUUCAGUAGCUUCACUGGGUGAAUCAUCAUUGUUUGCAAAUCUUCUUCCUGAGUGUAAACCUAUUGCAACAAAGUCCCGGCGUUUCAGCAAGGAUGACAAGAACUUUAUAGAACAAGAAAUCACUCGUCUUCUCGCAGAUGGUAUUAUUGAGCCCAGUACAUCACCUUGGCGUGCACAAGACCAUAAAUCAGUAUACAGAGCUUGA